GCGCUCGCCGCCCGCAGUUCAUUGAGCAGAGCCGAUCGGCGGCGGCGGCUGCGCGGGAGCGAGAGCCGGCACAGCCCGCCGCCCGCCCGCACCGCGCAACCGGGGCCUGGCCUCGGGCCUCGGGCGCUCCACGCCGGGCGGCGGGCGGGGCGUGGGCCGGCGGCCGAGGAGCCCGGGCGCCGGGGGCAUGAGCCACCCCGCGGCCCCGCCGCGCCCCCUCCGCCCGCCGCCGCCCGCCCGGGGCUAGAGGCGGAGACAUGUCCAGGAGGAAGCAGAGCAACCCCCGGCAGAUCAGGCGUUCUCCUGGAGACAUGGAUGCCGCGGAGGAGGCCCAGGCCCCAGACACCAGCCUGGAGGAGCAGGAGACCCCAGCACCAGAGCCCAUGGCUAUAGGGAGACACGAGCCCCUGAGCCCAUCCAGUGCAGCAGUGAAUCCACCCCCAGCACCAGUGGCAGUGGCACCAGCGCACCUGGAGUCCCCAGGAGCCUCCGAGGAGAUGGAGGGACCAGAGCCUGAGACACAGCCCCGGGAGGAGGCGGCCAGCCCCUGGAGCGGGCCAGAGGAACUGGAACUGGAGCUGCGGGAUGGACGGAUGUGCAUGCGCGCCCGACUUAGCCUCGCUGAGGGCCUGUCCUGGGGCCCCUUCCAUGGAAGCAUCCAGCCCAGGGCAUCGUCCCCCGGGCAGGCGGAACCGGGCCCGGCCCUGACCCUGCUGCUCACUGACCAGGCGUGCUGGCUGAAGACGCUGCCCCAGGCCCCGACUGAGGCCGACGCCAACGCAGAGAUCUACAGGAAGGAUGACAGCCUCUGGUGCAGGAUCACCAGGCCAGUGCCUGCAGGCGAAGCUCUGUGUGUGCUGCUCACAGCUGAGCCCCAAGACACCCCCAGCUGUCCUGUGAAGGAGGAGCCAGCGGAGCCCAAGAGCCCUGCCCCAGUGCUCCCGGACAUCCAGCUGCUGCCCCAGCAGGCCGGCAUGGCAUCCAUCCUCGCCACAGCAGUCAUCAACAAGGACGUCUUCCCGUGCAAGGACUGUGGCAUCUGGUACCGCAGCGAGCGCAAUCUGCAAGCCCACCUCCUCUACUACUGCGCCAGCCGCCAAGGUGCCAGCUCCCCGGCCACGACGGCCGCAGAGGACAAGCCCAAGGAGCCGUACCCCAACGAGCGCAUCUGCCCCUUCCCCCAGUGCCGCAAGAGCUGCCCCAGCGCCAGCUCCCUGGAGAUCCACAUGCGCAGCCACAGCGGAGAGCGGCCCUUCGUGUGCCUCAUCUGCCUGUCGGCCUUCACCACCAAGGCCAACUGUGAGCGUCACCUCAAGGUGCACACAGACACGCUCAGCGGUGUCUGUCACAGCUGUGGCUUCAUCUCUACCACUCGGGACAUCCUCUACAGCCACCUGGUGACCAGCCACAUGGUCUGCCAGCCAGGCUCCAAGGGUGAGAUCUACUCGCCAGGUCCAGCACACCCAGCUGCCAAGCUGCCCACAGACUCCCUCCCCGGCCUCCAGCAGCACAGUGCCGUGCAUGGACCCCUGCCCUCCGCCGACCUGGGCCUGGCAACUACCCCAUCACCAGGCCUGGACAGGAAGGCCCUGGUAGAGGCCACCAACGGUGAGGCCAGGACAGCCCCCCAGAACGGGAGCAGCAGCGAGCCCCCCGCGACCCCCAGGAGCGUCAAGGUUGAGGCUGCCGAGGAGUCAGAGGCGGACCAAGCGUCAGGCCAGGCAGAGCCUGCACCCCGGGCUCCAUCGCGGACGCCAUCUCCGCACAGCCCCGGUGCGACCCGCGUAAAGGCAAAGCUGCGCAGCCCCACACCAGGCGCCAGCCCCGCGCCCGGAGAGCUGGCAGUGGCCAGCACGCUGUUUCUGCCGCAGCUCGUGUUCGCGCCCGACGGGGGCGCUGCUUCGGGCCCCACGGCGCCCCAGGCCUCGGAGAUCCUGGCUAAGAUGUCAGAGCUGGUGCACAGCCGGCUGCAGCAGGGCGCGGGGCCGCCGGCCGCGCUGCUGACGGGGACCAAGGGCGCCACGUGCUUCGAGUGCGAGAUCACCUUCAACAACGUCAACAACUUCUAUGUGCACAAGCGCCUCUACUGCUCUGGCCGCCGCGCGCCCGAGGACGCACCCGCCGCGCGCAGGCCCAAGGCCACACCGGGCACGCCCUCCGAGCCCGAGGCGCCGCGAUCGCCGCCCGGUCCCGGGGUGCGCGAGGACGAUACGGGGGGCUCGGUAACGCCAGAGGCCGAGGCGCCCGGCCGGGGCAGCGAGGGCAGCCAGAGCCCGGGCAGCUCGGUGGAUGACGCAGAGGACGACCCCAGCCGCACGCUGUGCGAGGCUUGCAACAUCCGCUUCAGCCGCCACGAGACUUACACGGUGCACAAGCGCUACUACUGCGCCUCGCGCCACGACCCGCCGCCGCGCAGGCCACCCGCAGCAGCACCCGCUCCGGGGCCAGUGGCGCCCCCGCUGACCACGCCGCCCGUGCGCACGCGCCGGCGCCGAAAGCUGUACGAGCUGCACCCACCUGGCCACGCCCCCGCGCCAUCCAGCCACGCCCCUCCGGCGGCUGGCCACGCCCCCGCAGCAGAACCGCCCGUCUCGCCGCAGCCCGGAAGCGGAAGUGGGAGUGCUGGUCCCGCCCCCGCACGCUCUCCCGCGCCCGCCGCCGCCGACGGCCCCAUCGACCUGAGCAAGCGGCCGCGCCGGCAGCCCCCGGACGCGCCCGCCGCGCUGCCCGCCCUGGCCGACUACCACGAGUGCACGGCGUGCCGCGUGAGCUUCCACAGCCUCGAGGCCUACCUGACGCACAAGCAGUACGCGUGCCCCGCCGCGCCGCUGCGCCCGGCUGCCGUGUGCCCCUACUGCCCCUCCAACGGGCGCGCGCGCGGAGACCUGGUGGAGCACCUGCGCCGCGUGCACGGCCUGCGCGGCCCCGCGCCCCGCGCGCCGGCAGAGCGCGCCCCUCGGGGCAGCCCCCCGCCGCGCUCUCCGUCCCCGCCGCCCGCACCCGCCGAGGCCCCCGCCGACCCGGGCGCGCCCACGCCUGGCAAGGGCCCGCCCGCAAUCGGCGGCUACCGUUACUGCCGCCUGUGCAACAUUCGGUUCAGCAGCCUGUCCACCUUCAUCGCGCACAAGAAGUACUACUGCUCCUCUCACGCCGCCGAGCACGUGAAGUGACAGGCGCCGGCCGCGCGGCCCGGGACACCGGGAGUGGAACACCGGGAGUUGGCCGAGCCGAGCCGCUGCGGAGCUCGUGCCUGGGGACUGCCCGGCCCGAUCCAGCCCACCGCAGACUGCGCCGCGACUGGAUGGCCACUCACCCUUCUAGUCUAGAACACACACACACCCCAUUCUGCUGGGCUCCCCGACUUGGUCCAGAGGGCAACAACCGGAAGCUGGGGUGGGGCUGAAGCUGUCUGCCUCCCAGCCAGCCCUCGAGGGAUGACCACAGGCCUGGGUUUGCACAAGAAUAAACUAAACGGUCAGCCA